ACAUCCAUUCCGCACACCGGGCUCUACCGACCAACGCGGGAGCUAUGUGACUUGCCGCAGACGGAUAACCGGUCGGGUCCCUCCCGCCGUCUCCCAUUGUGUCUGUCCGUGCGAUCGGCUGACCAGAAAACACGUGGGCCGAGUGGGGCGAAGAUAUCCGGUUUGAACGUCGCACCGAAAGCCCAGAACUCCCGACUGCCUCCGCGAUGGGGGGCCGAGUCAGCUGGAACGCGGACGACAGAAGGGAGCCUUGAUGUGGGAAGUAUGAGUAAGACGCCCCCUAACAGAAGAGGGAUAUCUUUUGAGGUGGGAGCUCAGCUUGAGGCCAGAGACAGCCACAAAAACUGGUAUGCAGCCAACAUAGAGAGGGUUGACUACGAAGGUGAGAAAGUGCUGAUCCAUUACCGCCAGUGGAGCCACCGCUACGACGAGUGGUUUGAGUGGACCAGUCCCUACCUGAGGCCGGUGGAGAGGGUUCAGCUGCGGCGGCAGGGCCUUAACGACGACGCCGGCGAACCUGGCUUUCAUGUGAACGACAAGGUUCUGGCUAGCUGGUCCGACUGCCGCUUCUACCCCGCUAAGGUCAUUUCGGUCAAUAAAGAUGCAUCCUACACUGUGAAGUUCUACGAUGGUGUGAUCCAGACAGUGAAGGGGAUACACGUGAAGCCUUUUAUUAAAGAGAGAGGUGGUGUUGGUGGAGGAGGGAAGCCUCGGUCCUCUGAAAGGACCAUGGUCCGGAGGGCCCCGAACCGCAGGGACAGGAGGCCUCAGGAGAACGGGGGUCCCAAGAACAAGCGCGCCAGACGCAGCACGUCCGACCAGGAGGAGGACAGCAACAGCGAGGACGAGGAGCGGGAUGAGCGCACGGUCAACGAGAAGAACAAGAAAGCAAACGGUGAGGUGGGGGCCGCACCCACCGUCAAGCAGGAAGAGGAAAUAUCCGUGCAAGCAGAGCCCAACGAGCCCGCGGAUGUUGAAAAGGGAGCAGGACUCACAAACGGAGUGAAGGUGGAAGAAGAUGGCGACGAGCCCACCGAGGAGAAGUGUCUCCUCAACGGAGAGGUAAAAAAGGAGGAGGUGGAAACGGAACAGAGUGGAACAAAGCCAUACACCGCGUCGCCCAAGCCAUACACAGAGUUGCCCACUCAGACGCCAGCACAGAUGGAGCAGGGGCCCGUCACUAUGACAACCGCCGAAUCCAAUGGGGACGCGGAGCAGAAGCCGAGCGGCCAAUCGGAAAGCGCCCAGCCUGCGGCGGAUGUGCCGCCCCCCAAGCCUGUGAAACCGGCCAGGAAACAGGGUUUCCACAACCCCAACAGAUUCAGCAGAGAACCACUGUACCGGGUCAUCAAAAACCAACCUCCCCCCGUCUUGUCCAUCAACCUCGACCACAACCCGUUUAAGUGCAGCGCUCCGGGCUGCACCAAGUCCUUCCGGAAGGCCAAGCUGCUGCACUACCACAUGAAAUAUUACCACGGCGAGGAGCAGCCUGCGGAGGGCGAGCACAGCCCCACCAGGAGCGUCCAGACCAGGGCGUCGGAGAAACAGGCUCCACCCGCCGGCUUGGAAGGCCCCAAGAGAAGGCGCACAAUCUCCGCCUCAAUGCAGUCGGUCGUGCCUGGCUCGGCUCCCCGUGGAGAGGUGAAGGCUGCGGGCAGGCGCACGUCGGCCCCGCCUGCAGUCAGCACCCAGGGCCAUCAGCAGAGGGCGCUAAUGAGGGAGAAGAGCAAGGAGAACCAGCUGGACAGGAACGGGUGCCAGCAGCAGCAGGACAAGGACUCGGAACGGAGCGGCUUUGACGUUGGGUCCGUAAAAGAAAAGCUGAAAGAGAAACCCAAACAGAAGGACUUCCUCCGCAUCAAACUGAAGAAGAAGAAGAAGAAUAAAAAGAAGGGCAAGUCUGACUACACAGGUAGUGAGGAGAAUAUUGACAUCUCAGUAUUGGGUCUUGAGUCCAAAUUGAAUUUGCCACUCAAAUUCCCCCCCUCACACAAUCACAAGCCUGAGGCCCACGCCAGCAGGCCCGGAUACAGCUACUCACAGCAGAUACAUGUGGAUGACGAGGACAGCGUCAGUGACUGGUCCACGGACAGCUGUGGGUGGAGCGACGACGACUUUGGGGUGGAUUUGGACGUAACCACGCCCCCCCUGAGUGUGGACUCCGGUGCCGUGGACACAAGUGACCAAGAGAUAGUGCGGUGCAUCUGUGAGGUGGAGGAGGAGAACGACUUUAUGAUUCAGUGUGAGGACUGUUUGUGCUGGCAGCAUGGCACCUGCAUGGGCCUGCUGGAAGACAACGUUCCAGACCGGUACACCUGCCACAUCUGCAGAGACCCACCAGGUCAGAGGCAGAGUCUGCGCUACUGGUACGAUCGAGAGUGGCUGAGCAACGGCCACAUGUACGGCUUGUCCUUCCUGGAGGAGAACUACUCGCACCAAAACGCCAAGAAGAUCACCACCACCCACCAGCUGCUGGGAGACGUGCACCACGUGGUGGAGAUUCUCAACGGACUGCAGCUCAAGAUGAGCGUCCUGCAGAGCAACACGCACCCAGACCUGCAGCUGUGGCGGCAGCCCUGGAAGCACCCGGAGAGGUCGCGGAGCGUCUCGUGUCGGGGCACUGACGCCGCUCCGUCUCCGGCGACUCCGGACGAGGACAUGAGCCGCGGCGAGAUCUUGAUGUCCAACGCGCUGGAGAAGCUGAGCCGGGCGGCCACGGCCGCCGCCGCCGCCUCCUCCUCGUCCGGCUCCACCUUCCCGUCCUUCCAGCACUCGUACAUUACCAGCGAACAUUGCUACCAGAAGCCGAGGGCAUACUACCCGGCGGUGGAGCAGAGGCUGGUGGUGGAGACCCGACAGGGCUCGGAGCUGGAGGACAGCAUGAGGAGCACGGAGGAGCUGUUGGAGCGCGAGCAGCGCUACGGAAGCUUGCUGGAGACGGACAAGCCCAAAUCCACAGGCACCAACUACAAGGCUUCAAUCGGCGGCUCUUGGUCCCAGGCUGAGACUAGAGAAGAGGGCGGACGAGGUCCUGGGGAGGCGGCCGAUAACAGCCGGCAACAUCAACAAAGGCAGAUCAACCUCCUGAACCACAUAGACUCGGUCCAGGACGAGGUCUCGCACAGGAUGGACUUCAUUGAGAGGGAGCUGGACGUGCUGGAGAGCUGGCUGGACUACACCGGGGAGCUGGAGCCUCCUGACCCGUUGGCCCGUCUGCCUCAGCUCAAGCAACGCAUGAAGCGGCUGCUGACACAGCUGGGAAAGGUGCAGCAGAUCGCGCUGUACAGCUCCACAUGAGGGCGCCGGAGAGCAGCCACGGCGCGCAGGAGCAGAGCGGCGGCGGAAAGCCCGCCGCUGGUGUCCGGCUGCACGAGACAGCCACGUUAAUGCGAGUGGAAGACCCAGAUUAUCCGGCGCAGACUCCCGCAGCCGGUUUCUCCUCUUACGAAACGGUUGUGCGUGGUGUGAGUUCGAUGCCACAGCCAGCCGGUGUGAUGUGAUGUAUCAGCAGUUAUGUGGACGCGGGAAGAGUCGGCAGCAUAAAUCAGGAUGAAACACAAAAAGUAACCUCGUAAAUGCAGGAGAAAAUCCUUUUGGACCAGAUUAAACUUCUAUGGUUCCCAUGCAACUCUAAACCUAACGAAUGCCUUUAGUCUGAGCUACUGCUUACGGUUGCCCUGUCUCUCUCUCUCUCAGUGCACAGUGCUUUACACGCAGAAGCUUUAUAUUCAACGAUUGCAAUUGAGUUCCCGAACCUCUCUGCAAUAGUUUUUUGAACAUGUUUUCAAAAGGCCUCUUUUUUUUUUUUUUGCAUCAACAAUGUCCCAAAGUUCCAUUUUAGUUCACCCGCCAUGACACGACGCAUUUAAACUGAAAAAAAGACAUCCAGUAUGUAAGCACACUGUUACAAGCAGUCCUCACAGAUAAUUUGUUCAGUUUUUUUGGAUCUACUCAAGCGUUUUGUUUUCUACUGCACUGUGAAGUUAUUUCUGUCUGGAAUCAAAAGCAUCUUAUUUUCAGUAACGCGUGUGAUUUCUGUUUUUUGUCUGAAGCUGUAACGCUUCUUUUCGAACGGUCCUCUCGUGAGUGUUUGGCUUUUAUAAGUUUAUCUUUGUUUGUUUGUCACCGCAUCCUUUUCCUUGGAUUUACUGUUCGCAUCGUUGUUGCUGUAGCACUUGGCCCAUGAUUCACUGAGAACUGUAAUGUGGUCUCGUCUUUUCUUGAGCUAGGCUCAUGUGCUUUGUCAGUGACAUACUACUCCGAAGACGUGCAAAUGUAUGUUCUUUUUCUGUUCCAUUUCUUCUGCUUUUACUUCCAGUAUUUGGUUCUUUGUAAAUAUGUUAUUCAAAAAUGAGCUCUUUGUCGAGAACAUUCGCUCCAAAUUCAUUUAUUGUAUGCUACUGUACUGUAAGUGUCUGGCUUAGAAGCAGGGAAAUGUCAAACAAUGCAAACCGAUCUGUUGGUACAUAAAUAAACUAUCAUUGUUAUUAAUCACUA